UAUUUUGUUAUUCCCAGCCACAUGCAUUCAAUCAGUUUUUAAUUCGUAUGUAAAGUUUUUUAAAACCAAUUUUAUGACUUAAACAACAAUUUGCGUAAAAUUAUGUACGCACUACUGUCUUUACAGCUCAUUUAGUCUCAGUCGGAUAUUGGCUUCAGGUAAAGCGAAGCGGUUAGCUGUUGUUCUACAUAAUUCGUGUGAUUGCUUCUGGGUAAUCCCGAAUAAAGUGUAUUUGGAAUACAUCUUUAAAAACUUCCUUUUACAACCAUUUGCAAUAAUUAACUAUACACGAGCUUGAAGUCCGAUUUCCAAAACAAACAAAAAAAAAAAAAAAUGUUACGUACUACAACCGGUGUUCUAUCACGGCUCUCAAUCAAUGAAUCGAAAACUACCAGCUCCGCCUUGGCGCUGGAAUUUGUACGUUGGCGCCGAAAGCCCCGUUGGUUGCCAGUAGCCAAAAGUAAAUUGUACCGUGUGCCCGAACGUAAAGAACAAAAUCCGGAGGAAAAAGCUGAAUUGAUGCGACUACAUAACAACUACAAAGUGCAAAUGCGUUCCCUACGGCAGUAUCUACGCGAAGAGGUUUUACGUUUGAAUGUAACGACCACUGCCGAUCACAUUGUACUGACACCCGAGCAGGAAGAAGCUGAGUUCCAACGCUGUCUGCUAGAGAACGAGGCGUGGAAUCAAACAAUUGCCGCUGAACGAAAUGAACGCUUGCAAAAGGAACGUGAACGUCAAGCAGUCGAGAUACGUGAGCGUUUAGAAGCGGCGCGUCUGCGUGGCGAGGAACGUUUGGAACGUGCUGAGGAAAUAGUUAGACGUGAAAAAGAACUGGCGAAGACAUUUAUUACCCGCGAUAAUCUCGAAGCCGCUAUUGAGCAGGCGCUAGCCAAUCCAGUCGAUUAUAACUUUUCCAUUGAUUUGCAAGGCAACAUUUAUCGGGGCCGUAAAACAUUGCCAGGUGGAAAAGGUGCACCAGCUGCUAGUGGUGCCCAGGAGAAUGAAUUGCGACAAACGAUUGAGGCUAGUAAUUAGACACAACAACAUUUCGAAAAGUGCUCCACAUACAUUUAAAGCUUUACAAAUUGCCUACCGUCAUUGCUUGUGAGUACACAAAAGGUCGCCAACGGAGCACAAGAUAAUAAAGUGUGAAAUGAAAAAUGUUCAAUAUAUACAUAUAAAAAGUAUGAUAA